GCCCGGAGGCUGCACAAGAGUUUUAGUUGAGCGAACUGACAGGCCGGCGAGGAAUUUUUCACUUACCUCAGAGUGAGGGGUUGAGCGGCCGCACUGAGUGCUUUCAGUCAGUCAGUCAGCCAGCCAGCCAGAGGCUGUGGGGGGAAGAGGGGUUGAGAGGGUUGUAACAGGACGGUCUCUAUGGGAGAGCGGGAUUGAAGUGACAGGCUCUGUCUGCCAGGAUGGACGUGGAGGAAGAGCACAUGACGACGCUGCUGUGCAUGGGCUUCUCGGAGCCCGCCGCCAUCCGCAAGGCGCUCCGCAUGGCCAAGAACGACAUCAACGAGGCCGUGGCCCUCCUUACCAACGAGAGCCCUGGUCUCGGCUACGAGCCCAUGGAGAGUGGCGAUCGCCAGGUCGGAGGAGGGGGAGGCGGCGGCGGCGGCGGUGGUGGUGGAGGAGGGGGAGGAGGUAGCACCGGCUCCCGCGGUGUGGGUGGAGGGGAUUACAACCGGAGUGGAUUCGACCCUCCACCCGCCUAUGACGAGGUGGUAGAGGUGGAGAGGAACAAUGAUGAGAAUGGAAACUGCUCAGGAAGCAUUGAAUUUCCCACCACAAAUCUUUAUGAAUUGGAAAGUCGAGUGUUUACGGAUCACUGGUCCAUCCCUUAUAAACGUGAAGAAUCAUUGGGCAAGUGCCUGAUCGCAUCCACAUACCUAGCACGGCUUGGUCUUGCAGAUGCUGAUGAAAAUUGCAAAAGGUUUACAGAUCGAUGUAUGCCAGAAGCAUUUAAAAAGUUGUUAACAUCGAGUGCUGUCCACAAAUGGGGUGCAGAAAUCCACGAAGGAAUAUACAAUAUGGUGAUGCUUUUAGUAGAUCUGGUUGCAGAGCGAGUCAAACAGGACCCAAUUCCCAUUGGUCUUAUGGGAGUGCUCACCAUGGCUUUCAAUCCAGGGACCGAGUACCAUUUCAAGAACCGAAUGAAAGUGUGCCAAAGGAAUUGGGCAGAUGUUUUUGGGGAUGGCAAAAUGUAUGCCAUUUCACCACCAGUCAAUCUACAGAAGGAACCUUAUGGAUGGCUCAUAGAUUUGGUUAAUCGGUUUGGAGAGAUGGGUGGGUUUUCAGCAAUCCAGCUGAAGCUUGGUGCAGAAGACAUAGAAACCGCAGCAGUGUCUGCAUUGGUACAGCCUCUGGGUGUAUGUGCCGAAUAUCUAAAUCCUGCCGUAGUACAGCCAAUGCUGGAUCCAGUCAUUGACAAAAUGAUUCGAUAUGUGCAAAGUUUAGAAGAAAAAGAUCUGAAAGACAAGAAACUGGUGAACAUUCCAGAGCUUCUAUCUGCCAUCAAAUUAUUAUGCAUGCGAUUUCAACCAGAGCUGGUGAUGGUGGUAGAUGACCUCCGCUUGGAUAUCCUCCUCCGUAUGUUGAAAACUCCCCACUUCAGUGCAAAAAUGAAUUCAUUGAAAGAGGUUACUAAGCUGAUUGAAGACAGUACCUUAUCAAAAUCUGUGAAAAAUGCAAUUGAUACAGAUCGGUUAUUAGACUGGCUGGUAGAAAAUUCUGUAUUGUCAAUCGCACUUGAAGGAAAUAUUGAUCAAGCACAGUAUUGUGAUAGAAUAAAGGGAAUUAUCGAGCUGCUGGGCAGUAAACUCUCCAUGGAUGAGCUUACCAAGAUUUGGCGCAUUCAGUCAGGGCAAUCCUCAACCGUCAUUGAAAAUAUUCACACUAUUAUUGCUGCUGCUGCUGCCAAAUUCAACUAUGAUCAACUCAACCAUCUCUUCAUUCUAAUACAGAAGAGUUGGGAGAUUGAGAGUGACCGAAUCCGACAAAAACUGCUCAGUCUUAUAGGAAAAAUUGGCCGAGAAGCUCGUUCUGAGAACACCACAGGCAAGGUGCUGGAGGUGCUUUGGGAGCUUGCUCAUUUACCAGCAUUACCCACAAACUUAGUCCAGCAGGCACUGGAAGAACAUCUUACCAUACUUAGUGAAGCUUAUGCAGUAAAGGAGCAAAUCAAGCGAAGUUAUAUCAUCAAAUGUAUCGAGGAUAUUAAGAAGUCCUCUCAACAAAAUAACCAACAUCCAGUAUGGGUGGUUCCAGCUUUACGUCAACUUCAUGAGAUUACCAGGUCCUUCAUUAAACAAAGCUGUCAGAAGCAAGACAAGAGCAUUGUCCAGGAUUUGAAGAAGAACUUUGAAAUAGUGAAACUGGUUACAAGUAGCCUUGUAGCUUGUCAUCGACUGGCUGUUUCUGCAGCUGGUGUAGGAGGGCUAACAGGGUCAACAGUCGUUGAUGGCAGAUAUACACAUCAAGAUUACCUCGAAGCACAUUUGAGAUUUCUUGCAUUUUUUCUUCAAGAAGCUAGCCUUUACAUAGGCUGGAACCGUGCCAAGGAGAUUUGGGAGUGCCUGGUGACUGGAAUAGACAUUUGUGAACUGGAUCGAGAGAUGUGUUUUGAAUGGUUUACCAAAGGACAUGGAGACUUGGAGAGUGAUAUACAGCAACAGCUCUUUAAAGAGAAAAUCCUCAAACUGGAACCUUAUGAGAUCACCAUGAAUGGGUUUAAUCUCUUCAAAACUUUUUUUGAGAUUGUAAACCUUGCUGAUCAUCGAUUGAAGAAGCAAGGUGCUCAGUUGCAUGUUGAAAAACUGGAACUAACAGGAAUGGAUUUCAUCUGGAGAAUUGCCAUGGAGUCACCAGAUGAAGAAAUUGCCCAUGAAGCAAUUCAUCUGAUCAUUAACUACAGCUACAUCAGCCUCAAUCCUCGUUUAAAAAAGGACUCUGUUUCCCUUCAUAAGAAAUUCAUAGCAGAUUGCUACAAACGUUUAGAAGUUGCUAGUUCGGCACUAGGUGGCCCUACUUUGACACAUGCUGUUACAAGAGCAACUAAAAUGCUGACAGCUACAGCCAUGCCCACUGUAGCUACAUCAGUGCAGUCUCCAUCCAGGUCCAGUAAACUUAUCAUAAUUGAACGGCUGCUGUUGCUUGCAGAAAGAUAUGUGAUUACAAUAGAGGAUCUGUAUUCUGUUCCUCGGACGAUCUUGCCUCAUGGCGCCUCUUUCCUUGGACAUCCUGUAACUAUCUCAGUCAUCUGCGAAUCCACAAAAGAAACAUUUAGUAUAGAGGCUCACAGCAAUGAGACUAUUGGGAGUGUCAGGUGGAAGAUAGUAUCGCAUAUCAACUGUCCAUUGGAAAACUUGCAGAUAUUUGCUAAUGAUAGCUUGCUGACUAUGAACAAAGAUCAAAAAUUACUCCACCAACUGGGAUUUUCAGAUGAGCAAGUGUUAACUAUAAAGACACCUGUGAUGGGUACAGCAUCGGGAAGUUCAGUUGAUUCAUCCGCCAGCAGUGGUGUCUUCAACUCUGCUUAUGCUAUGGAACAGGAGAAGUCACUGCCUGGUGUUGUGAUGGCAUUGGUGUGUAAUGUGUUUGAUAUGCUUUACCAACUAGCCAACCUUGAAGAGCCAAGGAUAACCGUGCGUGUUAGAAAGUUGCUGUUAUUAGUUCCCACUGAUCCAGCAAUUCAAGAAGCUCUGGAUACACUUGAUGCUUUAGGCAGAAAACAGAAAACAUUACUGACUGAUUCAAGUCAUCAAACGUCAAAGUCACCCUCGCUUUCAUCGAAGCAACAACAUCAGCCCAGUGCAAACACUAUUCUGGAGAGUCUGUUUAGAUCAUCGGCACCAGGGAUGUCCACCUUCAGAGUACUGUAUAACUUAGAGGUUCUUAGUUCCAAGCUAAUGCCUACUUCAGAUGAUGAAAUGGCAAGAAAUUGUGCUAAAUCUUUCUGCGAAAACUUCCUCAAAGCAGGAGGUUUAAGUUUGGUGGUGAACGUUAUGCAGAGAGAUUCCAUUCCAUCUGAGGUGGACUAUGAGACAAGGCAAGGAGUUUAUUCAAUCUGCCUGCAGCUUGCAAGGUUUCUGUUGGUAGGCCAAAUGAUGCCUUCUACUUUAGAUGAUGAUUUCCUGAAGGAUGGAAUGGAAGCAUUGUCCUCUCGCCCGUUUCGCAAUGUUAGUCGACAGAGUAGUAGACAAUUAUCGAUGUGUGGUAGUCAAGAAAAGUCCACAAUGCGGCAGAUGAGUGUGACAUCAGAUCGGUCAUCUAUCAGAAUUGAGGAGAUAAUACCUGCUGCCAGAGUGGCAAUACAAACAAUGGAUGUGAAUGAUUUCACCUCAACAGUGGCCUGCUUCAUGAGGCUGACAUGGGCAGCAGCUGCUGGACGUCUUGACCUGGUGGGGAGCUGUCAGCCAAUUAGAGAGAGUACCAAUUCUCUGUUUUCUGUUGGUAUCCGAAAUAGGCUCAGCAGUUCAGGCAGCACUUGCAGUUCAGGAAGUGAAGGUGAAUCAACCACACUGCAUGCAGGUAUAUGUGUGAAGCAACACUCAGUCUCCACCAAAGAUACGCUCAUUGCUCGAGAGGCCUUAUCACUCCUAGUGACAUGUUUACAGCUCCGGUGCCAGCAACUAGGUUCUUUUUAUAUUCUUCCUUGUGUGAGUGAUUUUAUCAUCGAUAUACUACUUGGAUCCCCCAGUGCUGAGAUAAGAAGGGUUGCCUGGGAUCAGUUAUACACACUGAGCCAAACAGAUACCUCAACAAACCCAGAAAUACAGAAACCUAAUCAGUUCCUUCUGCAUGUCAUAUUGACAACACAACUGCCAUUGUGGUCCCCGACCAGUAUCAUGCGUGGAGUCAACCAAAGGCUUUUGUCCCAGUGUACUGAAUAUUUUGGCUUGAGGUGCCAACUGUUGGAUGACCUAACAUCUUCAGAGAUGGAGCAACUUCAAAUUAGCCCUGCGGCCAUGUUAGAAGAUGAGGUUAACUGGCUUGACAACUUUGAACCCACAUGGACUGCAGAAUCAGAGACCAGUGAGUCGGAUAAUGUUCUGCUUGCAGGGCAUCUGCGGCUUAUCAAAACACUACUGUCGCUCAGCGGCCCAGAGAAGGAAUUACUUGGACCAUCAUUAAUCAAACAGCUCAUGGAAGACUUCUUGUUCCGUGCUUCAAAAAUCAUCUUGACCAGCAGCAGUCCAGCUGGGAGUUGCUCAGUUAGUCAACAGGAUUUUCAUCCAAAAUGCAGUACAGUCAAUAGUCGACUUGCUGCUUAUGAGGUGCUGGUUAUGUUAGCAGACAGCUCUUUGAGUAACCUUCAGCUUAUCUCCAACGAACUUCUAUCAAUGCAUCAUCAAUUUGAUCCUGCACUCACAAAGGAGUUUGAGUACUUGCCACCUGUUGAUAGCCGCUCUGUCUCUGGAUUUGUGGGAUUGAAGAAUGGAGGAGCCACAUGCUACAUGAAUGCAGUAUUUCAACAACUUUACAUGCAGCCUGGAUUACCAGAGGCAAUGCUAUCAGUGGAUGAUGACGAUGAUGAGAAUCCAGAAGAGAAUGUUUUCUAUCAGGUUCAGUCCCUCUUUGGGCACUUGAUGGAAAGCAAAUUACAAUAUUAUGUCCCAGAGACUUUCUGGAAGAUUUUUAAACUCUGGAAUAAGGAGCUGUAUGUACGUGAACAACAAGAUGCAUAUGAGUUUUUUACCAGUCUAAUAGACCAGUUGGAUGAGCACCUUAAGAAACUUGGACGUGAACAGUUUUUCAAGAACACUUUCCAGGGCGUCUUCUCUGAUCAGAAAAUCUGCAAAGAUUGUCCUCACAGAUAUGAGCGUGAGGAAGCAUUCAUGGCACUGAACCUAGGAGUGACGUCCUGCCAAAGCCUUGAGAUAUCACUGGAUCAGUUCGUGAGAGGCGAGGUCCUUGAAGGAGGCAAUGCGUACUACUGUGAGAAGUGUAAAGAAAAGAGAACAACAGUGAAGCGAAUGUGCAUUAAGUCUCUACCUAAUAUGUUAGUCAUCCAUUUAAUGAGGUUUGGGUUCGAUUGGGAAAGUGGGCGCUCUAUCAAAUACGAUGAACAAAUACGGUUCCCUUGGCUUUUAAACAUGGAACCAUAUACUGUGUCUGGAAUGGCACGACAAGAGCAUUCUUCUGAGCAUGGUGAAAAUGGCAAAGCAGGUGACCACUUAGGUGGAGGCUCUCCUCGAAAGAAAGGUGCUCCAACUGAAAACUAUGAGCUCGUUGGAGUGAUUGUUCACAGCGGCCAGGCACACGCUGGGCACUAUUACUCAUUCAUUAAAGACAGGAGGACUGGUGGCAAAGGAAAAUGGUACAAGUUCAAUGACACAGUGGUGGAAGAGUUUGAUCUAAAUGACGAGACACUGGAGUUUGAAUGUUUUGGUGGAGAAUACAGACCUAAAGUGUAUGAUCAAUCAAAUCCCUAUCCUGAAGUCCGUCGUCGAUACUGGAAUGCCUACAUGUUGUUUUACCAGCGAACGUUAGAUCAAAAUUCCCCUGUUUUACCAAAGAAAAGCCGAGUCAGUGUUGUUCGUCAGGAAGCAGAGGAUCUAUCAUUAUCAGCUCCCUCUUCACCUGAGGUUUCACCUCAGUCGUCACCUCGUCCACAUAGACCAAACAACGACCGCCUUUCCCUGUUAACUAAGCUGGUAAAGAAGGGGGAGAAGAAGGGACUCUUUGUUGAAAAGUUGCCAGCCAGAAUUUAUCAGAUGGUACGAGAUGAGAACCUGAAGUUCAUGAAAAACAGAGAUGUUUUCAACAGUGACUACUUCAAUUUCAUGCUUUCCUUGAUUUCACUCAACGCAACUAAACUGAAACACCCUAUGUACCAGACCAUGGCGAAAGUCAGCAUGAAAUUAGCUAUCCAGUUCCUCUUCCAGACUUAUUUGCGAACUAAGAAAAAGCUCAGGAUGGACACUGGAGAAUGGAUUACCCUCAUCGAAAGGUUGCUUUCAAAUAGUUGCGAGGCAUGCCAGUGGCUGAUUGAAUUUUUGAUUGGAUCUGAGGGACGAGAAUUAAUAAAGAUCUUUCUUCUGGAGUGUUCUGUCCGAGAGGUUCGAGUAACUGUUGCUACCAUCCUAGAAAAAGCCCUGGAGAGUGCCUUGCUUUAUCAGGAAAAGCUCAGAGGAUUGGACCAGUUGUUGGAUGUGCUGCUUUCUUUGCUUGACAAGGAUGUCGCUGAAAAUUGCAAAAAUUGCUCCCAGUACUUCCUCCUCUUCAACAACUUUGUACAGAAGGGUUUCAAGGCAUGCCAGCUACUAUUCAAACACUCUGCAUUCAAACACAUGCUUUGUUUUCUUUUGGGCCCAUCAAGGCAGAACAAUCAGAAUCGGCGCUGGAGCUCAGCACAGGCCAGAGAAUUCUGGUAUCUCCAUAUCACUUUGGCAUCACUAGUCCUACACACUGACGUUUCAUCUCUAAUGACUAUUGAUCCUGGACCAUAUAAAUGGCAUAUGCCAACCCCACAGGUACCUUUACAUCAAGAUGUGGAAACACUGUUCAGACCUGAAGGACAGGCUUACCUGCUUGAGGUUAUGUAUGCUAUGCGAGAGCUGACCGGAUCUUUGUCAGUCAUCUCUGAUAUGGUGACUUACUGCUGUUUCUGCAAUGAACGCUUCUCCUUGGUGCAAGUCCUACAGAUAAUUAAGAGUCAGUUGGAGACAGCUCCACCUCAUGAACUGAAGAACAUUUUCCAGUUACUGCAUGAAAUUCUGGUAAUUGAAGAUCCAUUGCAAUCUCGUCGCCUGAAGUUUGCCUUUGAAUCAGAAAAAGGACUGCUAGCCCUGAUGCAUCAGAGUAACAAUGUUGACAGCAGCCGCUGCUACCAGUGCAUCAAAUUCUUAGUCCUAUUAGCUCAGAAAUGUGCAGCUGCUAAGGAUUAUUUUCGGGAACAUCCUCACCACUGGAGUUGGGCUGUGCAGUGGUUACAAAAGAAGAUGUCUGAACAUUACUGGGCUCCACAGAGCAACAUAUCAAAUGAAACUUCAACAGCAAAGACAUUUCAGCGCACAAUUUCAGCACAGGAUACGUUAGCCUAUGCUACAGCCCUUCUGAAUGAGAAGGAGCAAUCUGGGAGUAGUAAUGGAUCAGAUGGCAGCCCUGCUACAGAGAAUGGAGAUAGAACUCUCCGGCAGGGCUCUGAGUCUCCCAUGAUGCUUGGUGAUUCUAAAAGUGACCUUGAUGAAAUGGACCCAUAAGAGAUGACUGGAACAUCUAUGGGAAUAGUAAAUAAUCUUUGCUUGGUGUCAGUUCAGCGAAGAACUGGGCAUCAUGCCAGAUGGCUUUAGGCAACAGUCGAUUUAGGGAAGAUGUACGUACAUCCAGGUUGCAGACAGCAAGCCUUUGAUAGCUGUUAUGGAGUCAAUUUUGCUGCCAGUUCAAGCUCAAGACGAUGCAAGUCUCUCCCUGUUCUUUGAAGAUUUUGUAUGGAAAAGGAUAACUCGUGGUUGUGCUUGUGAAUGUACAAAAAACAAUUUUAUCUAAUGCUUUCAGUAGUAACUACGGAGGAUUUGAUUUAAGGUUUUAGUACAGUCUUCAGGAGAGGAGAGCUUGUUGAUUUGUGUAUAAUAGUUCCCAGAGUUCAGAUUUUUCAGAGUAACAAAAUACUCUGUUAUUACGUUAUAUAGAUUUAAUUUUAUUUGUAUAAUAGAACACCCAGUAAGUCUGUUCACUUGGUUGCAGCAAUUGUGUCUUGGAAUAUUUAGCUGGUCCCACUGCUUUGCAAAGAGGAGUUUAGGUUUACAAGAAUGUACUGACAGUGCAUACUGACAGUUUAGCAGCAGUCUGAUACUUUAUUAAAUAUUAAAUGAAUACUUUAAUAAAGGCAACUUUUUUCUUUUAGAAUCCAUAUGACUGGCAGCCAUUUUCCAAUGAGGUUAAUGUUGUGAAUGUAUAUUUUGUGUGAGGAACUUAAAGUCCAACCUUUGGUCAUUUCCUACAGACAGAUUGAAUUUUAGUUGGUGAUAUUUCAUUAUCCAAACUGAUGUUGUAAAAUUGCAAAAACUAGUC